GACAUAAGAAUGAAUCAUAAGGCUAUGAUCUGAGGUGCCGUUACUAGCAGCCAUCUUUGUCCAGCCUAAACAACCUCUCGGCUAACCUCUAGAGUGACUUGGCCUCUUGGCAUUGAUACCAUUCCCUAGGGGCUCCGUUUAUGGACGGCCGGCACGAGGCCUGGAGGCUGGAGGCCAAGGUGGUGACCCUACCCUACAUCACUCCCGUUUUCCCUAAUUCUUGGCUUGCUGCAAGUCACAUAAGUAGUGCAUAUCAUGCCCAGCCUUUUCCGCCCACCUCUUGAAGUUGUCCCUCCGUUCUCGCAUCGGCCCGCUUCUCGCCUCAGCUCUGUCCGACCACUGCCCCCAAUCCCGAGAAAUCAACAUGAAGCCCGUUACCUAUGGCACCCUUUUCCUGGGCCUGCUCUCAAGCGCCCUGGCCCAGACCACCAGCCUUGGACCGUCUCCCACCGAGUCGGUCGGCUGCGUGCCCCAUAAUGACCACUGGGACUGCGAGGGUCCUGCCGUGACAUCAACAGGCACCACCGUCGUCAUCAGCACUGUCACGUCAGCAACAACCACCGCCACUGAGACUCACCACGACCACGACCAUGAUGAAGACGGUGAAGACGAGCACACCGACGAGGCCGGCACCGGCAGCCUCGCGCCCAGCCCCACCGAAUCCGUCGGCUGCGAGCCCCAUGGCGACCACUGGCACUGCGAAGGCCCGGCCAGUGCAACCCAAUCCGGCAGCGGUGCCGUCACCACCACGGGAACCGUGACCACCACGGCGCCAGGGAAUGCUGCUGUCACCAGCACCAGCAGCCCCACGGGUGCGGCUGUCCGGCAUGAGGCGACGGGCAUGGCCAUUGCGGGGUUGGUUGCUGUCGCUGCGUUGGCGCUUUGAGUCUGAGCGUGAUUUCGUGAAUUACCUACCUAGCUUAAUCACUCGGUUUUCAUGGCUCUGACAGGAUUUAUGUCAUGGCAUCAGCUCUGGCCGAGUCAGGCCGACAGAGGGAUAUGAUGAACGGGAUAGGGAAUGCUCUAAUGUAUUGGUAAAUACCGCAUAGCUUGGAAGUUGGAGGCCAACCUUAAUCAUCAUACAAAUGUUAGUGUGCGCUGGCUUCGGUUCUCAUAAAGAAUGAAGAAGUGAAGCUGAUCAUUGA